AUGAUAGAGUAUCAAGGACACAGCAUAAAUGUUAACACCAUUUUAACUAGUAACUAUGUAAGCUAUGAUGAAGAUGAUCAUGAUACUGAAGAUGAUGAUGAUGAUAAAGGUGUGCAUAUCAACUUAGAAAGCAGAUAUUCGAAUCAUCCUGGUUUUAUUGACCAUGAAACCAAGGAGAAAGAGGUCCAGUAUUUCACCAGACUCUUAGAGCUGGCACCGCUCGGGGUGCGCAUCCCGCACGGGGUUAAGGGCUGCCAGGCGGGCGCUGGCGGCGAGUCCCCGCGCUGCGGCGCGCACUUUGCGCUCCCGAGGCGUUUGCGCUCGGCAGACGCGCCCGCGCCCCGGUUCCCAGGCGCGGCGCGGGGCUCCCCGAGCGCCGGGUGCCAUCUCCGAAGGGAGCCUCGAGAAGCGCCUUUCUCCAGGGCCUUCCCUUCCCCCACCUCUUUUCGCCCCCCCUUCCUGGCUGGUUCCCCCCCGCAUUCCCCCAUCAGGAGCAUCUCCAGCGCCACCGCGCCCGCGAAGGGCUGCGGCAGCGCCAACGGUCCUUCCUUCCCGGACGCCGCCGCCCGCGCGAGGCUCCCCGCCCUCCCGCGCGACCCCGCGCCGGGCCGGGCUGCGCCAGCGGCGGGGAGGGGCGCGGGGGGCUCGGUCCCGGGCCGGCCGCCGCGUCGUCCUCCUCGUCCUCCUCGUCCUCGUCCUCCUCCGCAGCCCGCCCCGCGCCCCGCGGCCCUGCCCGGCGCCCGCAGCAGCAUGCUCUACUUCCAGGUGGUGAUCAUGGCAGGGACGGUGAUGCUGGCGUACUACUUCGAGUACACGGACACGUUCUCCGUGAACGUGCAGGGCUUCUUCUGCCACGACAGCGCCUACCGCAAGCCCUACCCGGGCCCCGAGGACCGCAGCGCCGUGCCCCCCGUGCUGCUCUACUCGCUGGCCGCCGGCGUGCCCGCGCUCGUGAUAAUAGUUGGAGAAACUGCUGUCUUUUGCCUACAACUAGCCACGAGGGAUUUUGAAAACCAGGAAAAAACUAUUUUAACUGGAGAUUGCUGCUAUAUAAACCCACUGGUGCGGAGAACUGUACGAUUUCUUGGAAUUUAUACAUUUGGACUAUUCGCUACUGAUAUCUUUGUAAAUGCUGGACAAGUGGUUACAGGAAAUCUGGCUCCACAUUUUCUUGCCCUGUGUAAACCUAACUACACAGCACUUGGAUGUCAGCAGUAUACCCAGUUCAUCAGUGGGGAAGAGGCCUGCACGGGCAAUCCUGACCUCAUCAUGAGAGCAAGGAAAACAUUCCCAUCCAAAGAAGCGGCCCUCAGUGUGUAUGCAGCGAUGUAUCUGACAAUGUACAUUACCAACACAAUCAAAGCCAAAGGAACAAGGCUGGCUAAACCUGUGCUAUGCUUGGGCUUAAUGUGUUUGGCCUUUCUUACUGGACUCAACAGAGUAGCAGAAUAUCGAAAUCAUUGGUCAGAUGUGAUAGCAGGCUUUCUUGUUGGAAUAUCUAUAGCAGUAUUUCUGGUUGUGUGUGUGGUAAAUAAUUUCAAGGGAAGACAACCAGAAAAUGAGCGUGUACACAUGGAUAAUCUGGCACAGAUGCCAAUGAUCAGCAUUCCUCGAGUGGAAAGUCCUUUGGAAAAGAUAUCCCGAACCCAGCCUUUUGAGGAUGUUCCAGAAGAAACUUCACAGGGAAGAUCCUUUAAAGAUUGUCUCACAAGGCUCUUCAGCUGGAUAAUGGGAAUAAGCCACUGUGAACACCUUCAAUUAAGGCAAUAAACGUAUGUGCGCUAGAGCGCACUGCUGUUGGAGUUGGUUGCAACAAAGCAAAUACAGAAAAAUGUGUCCUUCUGUGCAGUGUUCCAUUAUAACCCU